CAUCAUCUCCUCUGUCUCUAUACAUCAAUCGUCAAUUUUAUUGACUUUUGUUCCUUUGGACAGGACUUUUCUCCCCUUUUCAAAGGCUUGCUUCUGCAUUUCAGCUCUGAAAGCAACCGAGGAGAAGAAGGAUUACUGUUUCUUGUAUAUGUAUACGCAUGUCCUAUAGAAAGGUCUAAAGAAAUCCUCCUCUCUCGAAAGUUAUAUAAAUUCCCUGAUCGUCAUGGUUCUCCUUCCAGGUUCUUCCAUCUCAACUUCAGCCGCGAAGGACAUUGAGGCUAAAAGUGGUCGUCGUAAUCAACGUCAACAUCAACAACAAGAUUCGGAUCUAGAAUCCAAUCAAGGAACGCCCCCACCGCCAUAUCGUUUGCCUGUGCCGGGUAUAGAUUACGAAGAACAUCAUCAACCUUCACAAGAAGAAAGUUACAUCUCUGAACAAACAAGAGCUCAUCAAUUCUGGACGAACACUAGACAAAACAAUCAAGUACAACAGAACGAACAUUCAGAACAACCGUCAACGGUUCUUGGUCAUCAUUCAAUUCAACAUACUCGCCAAUCAAGCUUAACAACACAAGCAGUAAAUCAUCAAGAAGUCGUGCAUCCCUGUAUCAGCAGUAGCAGUAGCAUGCGUUCAUUUGGCGAUCGUGGUUGUCGCAGAGGCCGUGGAAUGGGCGGCAAAAGCCGUUGUCGAAAGCAGAAGGGUAAACUUUUCCGUAAAGCGUUGAUACGUUGUACGAUCUUUUUUACGUUUGCCAUGUUAUGGAUUCAUAGCGAAGCCGUUGCUCAAGCAUUACAAAAAGCCUUUGCUGCUUUGCCACAACCCAUCACAACUUUGUUGGGCGUAAUUGGUCAUAUCCUUUAUUUGCCUAUCGCAUUCUCUCAAACGUUUGGCGUUUUACUUUAUUGUGCUCUUGCGGCUUUCUUACUGACUGCCAUGCAUGUCAAAUUACGCAAACGCAGAAUGGCAAGAUGGCAAACUUCUUUGCACGAGGCAUUGCGAGCACGAGUAAACAAUGGACCACCGGAACAUGACCAUGAGGCCUGGCCCAGCUCUCAUGGCCAUCAUCAUCACCCGCACCAUAUCCGACACGGCUUGGGCAAAUCGGACCGCAGAGUGCACUUCGAUGCAACACCGCCAGAGGAAAGGGGACUUCUCCGUGAGAGUGGAGAUGAAGAAUCUUUCGACGAAGACGAGAAGAGUUCAACAACUUCAUCUGUUUGACCUUCUUUUUAUCUCAUCAUAUUUCUUCAUGUAUAUAGUACAGAUUGAGUAGUGUUACAAUUUACGUUUGAUGACUUCGAAGGUUUGAUUGUGCUAUGUCGUCAUUAGUGUUAGUGCUUGAUUCUGGUUGAAUCUUGAGCCAUCUUAUGGUAAUGCUGAAUCGAGCACUUCUUUCGAUUCGAUGUACUUGAUCCGUUUGCUUAUUAUGAACGAGAUCGUACGUUUGUGCGGGAAUACCAUGUGUCCAUUCCCAACGACU